GCUGUUCCGCAGCGGCACCAUCCUCUGGCCGCGCCCGCGCAUGACGUCUUCGAAUCUCGCGCUGUGUCCGCCACCACGCGCCCGUGACGGUUAGGAAGUGUCGGCGGCGCGCGUCCCUCCCUGCUCUCUUUCCCACCCCCCCUCCUUCCCCGGUUCACGAGUCACUUCCGCUUCUCCGAUGGCUCAGACAACGGCGGCGACACCGGGGUACGGUAUUGGAGGAGGCUGAUAUACAACGACGGGCCGGCCUGUCUGGGGGAUCACCGCCGGGGGCUCUGUCGCUAGAUCAGAUUACUGUGGACACCUUUACAAGCUUGACCAACUGAAAGGUGGAUGAAUAGGAUUGACGAGCCAGCUGGUUUUUCUACUACUCAAGGGCACUAAUUCGGUCUGGAAUUAUGAUCUGUGCAGCGCACAAAUGUUAGAACAAAACAUUUGUGGUGUAGUAGAAAUGAGUUUGCAUCGGCAGAUGGGUUCAGAUCGGGACCUCCAGUCAUCAACUUCCUCAGUCAGCCUCCCUCCAGUUAAAAAGGCACCAAAGAAAAGGAGGAUGCCAUGGGGAUCCAUCUUCCGCAAGAAAAAAGACCCCAAACGGAAAUCACGGGACCUAACUGGUGGCGUCGAUGGGAUUGCUAGCAUUGAAAGCAUUCACUCUGAGAUGUGCACUGAUAAAAAUUCCAUUUUCUCCCCCUCUGUGAACUCCACCGACACCGGGGCAGCCAUUGUCAGUAAACAGAGUGGAGACUAUAUGGAGUGCCCCCUGUGCCUUUUACGGCACUCUAAGGACCGUUUCCCAGAAAUAAUGACCUGCCACCACCGGUCAUGUGCGGACUGCUUGCGUCAAUACCUACGGAUAGAAAUCUCAGAGAGCAGGGUUAACAUCAGCUGUCCAGAGUGCUCUGAACGCUUUAACCCCUAUGACAUCCGUUUAAUACUGAACGAUGACGUAUUGAUGGAGAAAUAUGAAGAGUUUAUGCUCAGGAGGUGGCUUGUUGCCGACCCAGAUUGUAGGUGGUGUCCAGCUCCAGACUGUGGCUAUGCCGUAAUUGCUUUUGGUUGUGCCAGCUGCCCAAAGAUAACCUGCGGCCGUGACGGGUGCGGGACAGAGUUCUGCUACCACUGCAAACAGAUCUGGCACCCAAAUCAGACCUGUGACGCUGCACGCCAAGAAAGAGCGCAGAGCUUGCGCCUGAGGACCGUCCGCUCAUCGUCCAUCAGUUAUAGCCAGGAGUCUGGAGCUGCAGCGGAUGAUAUCAAGCCUUGCCCGAGAUGUGCUGCAUAUAUCAUAAAGAUGAAUGACGGGAGCUGUAACCACAUGACAUGUGCUGUGUGCGGCUGUGAGUUCUGCUGGCUGUGCAUGAAGGAAAUCUCAGACCUGCAUUAUCUAAGCCCUUCCGGAUGUACGUUCUGGGGGAAGAAGCCUUGGAGCCGGAAGAAGAAGAUCCUGUGGCAGCUUGGCACCCUAGUUGGGGCCCCUGUUGGCAUAGCUUUGAUAGCUGGCAUUGCCAUUCCCGCCAUGAUCAUUGGUAUACCGGUGUACGUCGGACGCAAGAUCCACAACCGAUACGAGGGUAAAGACAUUUCAAAGCACAAGAGAAAUCUGGCCAUUGCGGGCGGUGUCACUUUGUCCGUCAUCGUGUCUCCAGUUGUUGCUGCUGUAACCGUAGGUAUCGGAGUCCCUAUUAUGUUAGCGUAUGUAUACGGCGUAGUUCCCAUAUCACUCUGCCGCAGUGGAGGGUGUGGCGUGUCAGCUGGCAGUGGCAAAGGUGUCCGGAUAGAAUUUGAUGAUGAAAAUGAUAUAAAUGUUGGAGGAGCAAAUACUGCAGCAGACACCACAUCUGUAGCAGAGGCUCUGCAUAACCCCAGUAUCGGGGAAGGAAGCGUAGGAGGCAUGACUGGCAGCUUGAGCGCCAGCGGCAGUCACAUGGACAGGAUUGGCGCAAUCCGAGACAACCUGAGCGAGACCGCCAGUACCAUGGCGCUGGCAGGGGCCAGCAUUACUGGCAGCCUCUCUGGGAGUGCUAUGGUGAAUUGCUUUAAUAGGCUGGAAGUCCAAGCAGACAUUCAGAAGGAGCGGUACAGCCUGAGUGGGGAAUCUGGCACUGUGAGUUUAGGAACAGUCAGCGACAAUGCAAGCACGAAAGCCAUGGCUGGAUCCAUUCUGAACUCUUAUAUUCCGCUGGACAGGGAAGGUAACAGCAUGGAGGUACAGGUGGACAUUGAGUCUAAACCAGCCAAAUUCAGGCAUCACAGUGGCAGCAGUAGCAUGGAUGACGGAAGUGCCCCGAGCCGCAGUAAUACAGGUGGUUCUGUAGCCUGCCAAACGGAGAGUAAGUGCAGCGCCACCAAGUGGUCCAAAGAUGCAACAGCCGGCAAAAAGUGCAAAGGCAAACUAAGAAAGAAAAGUAGCACCAAGAUUAAUGAGACGAGAGAGGACAUGGACGCUCAGCUCCUGGAGCAGCAAAGCACCCAUUCCAGUGAAUGUGACUCCCCAUCUCUUAGUGACAGCAUACCAUCAGUGGCAGACUCUCACUCCAGUCACUUCUCAGAGUUCAGCUGUUCCGAUAUGGAGAGCAUGAAGACUUCUUGCAGCCAUGGCUCCAAUGAGUAUCACAGCCGCUUUGUUACCGUCAGCCCACUACCGGAAGUAGAAAACGACCGCCUGGAAAAUUCUCCUCAGCCAAGUGGAGUUGCUAUGGUUACCAUCCCGGUACCUUGCACGGACGUCCCACAAUUAAGUUAUAUAGCAGAGGAGGGUGCCUGUCAGAGCAUACCAAACACAGAGGACGAUGUAGAGACUGAUCCAAAAACACACCCAGGAGGGAACUGUGCAAUGCAAACUGAUAUAUAGGCCUGUAAUUGCUGCAAUACUACUCUUUACCACUAACCAGUUCUGCUAAUAUGGAAAGCUUUGCAAAAAAAAAAAAUUAAACAGUUGGGUAACCACUCGGGAAAAUACAGUAAUAAAGAACUUGAAACCGUCCCGUUGUGUAACAUUGAUUUUGAAAAUCCCGUAUUUGAAGCAUUGUGACAAAAUGACAAUGUCUAAUGCACAUUUAUGGCGAUAAUAAUAUGUUAGUCGGUUGAAAGGUUACCAAGUGCCCAAUCUUUCAGUGCUUGUGCUUCUACAAUUAGCAGAAAGUAAGGGGUCACCUGCAAACUGCAGCCAAACUUGAAACUCCCCAAUAUACAACAGGCUUGCGUGCACUGCAGGGCGGCCAUAUUGACUGCAUGUCAAUGUUCUGAGAGGUUUUUUGCUGUAAGCGUUUAUAACAGGGUCCUAAGUACAAUCACUAGUUAAUUCUGGGUAUACUAUAACUUCAUUCCAAGUUAUUGAGGUUGUGAGAAAAAAAAAUGUUACGUUUUAAGCUAAUUGUUCUGCAAGGUAUGGGGCAUCCGGUUGCGUAGUGGUGACUUAGUUAUGCAGAGGUAUUUUGUUUUGUUUUUUCUUUUUGCACAACAAAGAGAACUGGUACAUGUUGAAUAGAAGUAUUGUAAAUAUCCCUUUUCUAGCAUCAUUUGUGUUAAACAGACCAACACAAAAUGGCGUCCAUAUGACACUAUCUAAACCAAUCUUACUCUGAGAAAACAAAGGGCAGUUCAAUUUCACCUUUCUUUAGGGGAGCAGACCACCCUCUGGUUAUUUUGGUGCCUUCAGUGAGCAAAGACUGGGUUAUAAGUGCCUGGUCAUUUUGAGAAUUUUUAUUAAAUGUAUGUUUAUUUUAUUUUCCUCACAGUUCUGUAUGUCCUUCGGGCCAAGCAAAGACUGUGGUAGAGCAUUAUAAAUGUCUGUCAUGAAGUACAAAUGUAUUCACCUACCAAAGACACUCUCAGGCUUUAGAAGAGGAAGUGACAGCUAAAAUUGCAAGAUAAAUCACAGUGUGGGUGGUAAAGGGGGACUGUGGCAUAUGGCUGCAAUUUUAGUCUUAUAGUUUUAUCUUAAAGAAAAAGUAAAAUCUAAAGGUCCGGAAAGUGGUGAAAGCAUCUUUACUGGUGAUCUGUGCAAUGUAUUCACUUUGACAAUGCAGACCAGGUGUAGGUAUUGGGACGUCGGUAUUCUGUAAGUAUUGUCACGAUGGAUGGUGCUAUUGAAUGUCCUGCAGUGAUUCUACAAUCAUACACCAUGCGCUGCAGUCCAAUACAUGAUUCUAAUCACCAGUGUAUUCCGCUUAGAACACUAGUGCCAGUUACAUUUGACAAAGCUUGUAUUUGUAUAUUUGUUUUAAUUUGCUUCAAAUGAUGCGUGUAUAAUGCAUACCUGAAUAAAUGUGUCUGCUGAG